UCCAAUUUUUCUUGGAUGCUACAAGUAAAAAUGGUUCUCACGUACGGAAUAUGCCAAGCUGCAUGUGCCGGCCUUGUGGUGGCUUGCUUCAGCGCUGCGGGCUUCACUUUCGGAACAGUCCCAGGUGCCAUAAUUGCUGCAACUCCAGCGUUGGCGGCCUGUAACACUGCGUUCGCCUCUUGUAGUGCCGCCUGUGCUCCACUAUUGUUAUCUCCAAUUUAAAAAUGGAAUCUAAUAAAGUUAGAUUCCUUCUGGUUAAGAAUUUAUAAAUACAUGUAAUAAAGAUUUAUAAAUUCA